AUGGUUCAUGGGCUCAUGGGAAAUUGUGCCAAGCGGCCCCAACACCGGGGGCCUAAGGACCGCUGGCAGUGGCCCGGCUCCUGCCUGGGGAGCUCCCACCACAGCCCCAAGGAGCAGGGGGGCCCCGGGCCGGGCGUCCAGGGCUACUCGGUGCUCAGCAGCCUGGUGGGGCCUGCCUGCAUUUUCCUGCGGCCCAGCCUCGCAGCCACCCAGCUUGACCGGCAGCUGCGGCCGGAGGAGGUUGAAGAGCUGCAGGCCGCCUUCCAGGAGUUUGACCGAGAUCGGGACGGCUACAUCGGCUGCCGGGACCUGGGCGCCUGCAUGAGGACGCUGGGCUACAUGCCCACUGAGAUGGAGCUCAUCGAGAUUUCACAGCAAAUCAGUGGCGGGAAGGUGGACUUUGAAGACUUCGUGGAGCUGAUGGGCCCCAAGCUGCUGGCCGAGACAGCAGACAUGAUUGGCGUCAGGGAGCUGCGGGAUGCCUUCCGAGAGUUUGACACCAACGGGGACGGCUGCAUCAGCUUGGGUGAGCUCCGGGCGGCCCUCAAGGUCCUGCUGGGCGAGCGCCUCACCCAGCGGGAGGUAGACGAGAUCCUUCACGACAUCGAUCUCAACGGGGACGGCCUGAUCGACUUUGAAGAGUUUGUGCGAAUGAUGUCUCGCUGAGCCUGCACAGAAGCUGGAGGCAGCAGGGAGGACUUGAGAGCACAGCCACCGCCUGAGAGCGUGUCCCUGGAAGCCCACUGCCUCCAGCUGGACC